AUGUCUGAUCAGAGGCCUUUGCUUAGCUUGAAAAAAACAUUUUUUUACCAUUUCUUUCCCUCAAAAGAGGAAGAAGAAGCUUGUAAAAUCAACAACACUCCAUAUCAGGUGACUCGAGAAUUGGUGGAGAUAAGGGACUUAUACCCUGCCCCAAGAAUCGAUCUGCAAAACCCAUGGCAGAUCAAGAAAAAGCUUACCCAUGAUGAGAUCGUUGUAGGAAUGCUGAUGAUUCCCUUUUUUGAGAUGUUUGAGUACAUCCUUCGUUACUGGACUUUGGACGUGGCCAAAAGUUUGGUGAAUGGAUGCAAGGUUUGUGUUGACAUGUGGGAUAUAACUGAGGAGAAUAUCCCUAAAAAGUAUGAAGGUGGAAGUGUUUGGUUCAAGAAGUUGUUCAAUGACGAUUUUUCUCUUUGGUCCAUCGAAUUGUUCAAGGGUCGCAGAUUGGGCGAGGGUGAUGAAAUUGGGAUUUAUUGGGAUCCUAGAUCUGCGACUCUAGUGUUCAAAUUGCUUUCUCAAGUUGGCUCUUAGUGGAAAGGUCCAAAAUGUAGGACCAAAAAUAA